AUUAAUCAGGGGCACUGAAUGGAAACCAAUCAGAUAGAGAGUCCCUUUGGCUGCAGCUCGCUGCCUGCCUGAGUUAAAAGUGAUGCUGGGAGAGAGGGAGCCCUAGUUAGAUGCGAGUACGCACAGCGGUGGAGAUGCUGUGACAGGCAGAGGGGAGGAAGCAGGUAGAGAAGCAGCGCUGGGCAGAGCUAGUCUCACGCUGACGAACAAGGUCCUAUUUACAAGAGGAAUACAGCAUUUAAAAAAUUUUCUGGUGAAUUAUUAGGGAAUUGGAGCCUAACAGCAUCUCUGUAAAUGAUGAGGACUUACUCCUUGACAGUUUUGCUUUGGGGCUGUAUGCUUCAUGCAAUUCCUAUGAUACUAUCCCAAAAAAGGACUAACAAGCACUCGCACAGUGAAAGGAUAACAGGAUUGUCAGAGAAUGAUGGAAAAACACUGCAUCGCACGAAGCGUGGCUGGAUGUGGAAUCAAUUUUUCUUGCUGGAGGAGUACACAGGUCCAGAUACUCAAUAUGUGGGCAAGCUACACACUGACCAAGAUAAAGGAGAUGGAAAUUUAAAAUACAUAUUAACAGGAGAUGGGGCUGGCAGUCUGUUCAUUAUAGAUGAAAAUACAGGAGAUAUUCAUGCUGCAAAGAAAUUGGACAGAGAAGAAAAGUCCCUGUAUGUGCUACGCGCCAAGGCUAUAGACAGAAAGACUGGAAGACAAGUGGAGCCAGAAUCUGAAUUUAUCAUUAAAAUCCACGAUAUCAAUGACAAUGAACCAAAAUUCACCAAGGACAUGUACACUGCCAGCAUUCCGGAGAUGUCUGGAGUUGGUACAUCUGUUAUUCAAGUGACAGCCACAGAUGCUGAUGAUGCCAACUACGGAAACAGUGCUAAAAUUGUGUACAGCAUCCUCCAGGGACAGCCGUAUUUCUCAGUGGAUCCAGAAACAGGCAUAAUCAGAACUGCUUUACCGGACAUGAGCAGGGAAAACAGGGAACAGUAUCAAGUGGUCAUCCAGGCCAAAGACAUGGGAGGCCAGAUGGGAGGACUGUCGGGGACCACCACCGUGAAUAUCACGCUGAUUGAUGUCAACGACAAUCCUCCUCGAUUCCCCCAGAGUACCUACCAGUUCAGCUCUCCUGAAUCUGCACCACCUGGGACUGCUCUUGGCAGAAUUAAAGCCAAUGACCCUGACUUGGGUGAAAAUGCAGAGACUGAGUAUAGCAUCUCCAAUGGGGAUGGAUCAGACAUGUUUGACAUCAUCACUGACAAGGACACACAGGAAGGGAUUAUAACUGUCAAAAAGCAGCUGGAUUUUGAGAACAAGAUGUUAUAUACCUUAAGAGUGGAAGCAACCAACACGCAUCCUGAUCCCCGCUUUCUUCAGCUGGGGCCAUUUAAAGACACAGCUCUGGUCAAAAUUUCUGUAGAAGACAUAGAUGAGCCUCCAGUGUUCAGCAGACCCUCUUACUUAAUAGAGGUAGAUGAAGAUGCCAAGGAAGGAAGUAUUAUUGGGCAGGUUGUAGCCCAAGAUCCGGAUGUAACCAGGAACGCAAUAAAAUAUUCUGUGGAUCGACACACUGACCUUGACAGAAUAUUCAACAUCUAUUCAGGAAAUGGAUCCUUAUUUAUCUCCAAGCCGCUUGACCGGGAGGAAAGUCCCUGGCACAAUAUCACUGUCAUAGCAACUGAAAUAAAUAAUCCUAAACAAAGCAGCCAGAUACCUGUCUUCAUCCGGAUUUUAGACAUAAACGAUCAUGCACCAGAAUUUGCCAAAUACUAUGAAACAUUUGUUUGUGAAAAUGCAAAAGCAGGACAGCUGAUACAGACUGUGAGUGCAGUUGACAAGGAUGAGCCUCCUCGAGGACACAAAUUUUUCUUUGAGUUGGUGCCAGAAUUUGCUGCUCAUCCAAACUUCUCCAUCAUCGACAACAAAGGUAACACACCAGGAAUUAUGACUAGAAGAAAUGGAUACAGCCGCAGCAAGAUGAGCACAUACCUCUUGCCAGUCAUAAUCUUUGACAAUGACUACCCGAUCCAGAGCAGCACGGGCACACUGACCAUUCGUGUGUGUGCCUGCGACAGCCGAGGCAACAUGCAGUCCUGCAACGCUGAGGCCCUGCUCCUCCCUGCUGGCCUCAGCACAGGGGCACUGAUUGCCAUUCUCCUCUGCAUCAUUAUCCUGCUGGUAUUAGUCGUCUUGUUUGCAGCCCUCAAGAGACAGAGGAAGAAAGAACCCUUGAUUAUCUCAAAGGACGAUGUUCGGGAUAACAUUGUGACCUACAAUGAUGAGGGAGGUGGGGAAGAAGAUACCCAGGCUUUUGACAUUGGCACACUAAGAAAUCCAGAAGCGAGGGAGGAAAGUAAGAUGAGAAGAGAUGUUAUCCCCGAAACCAUAUUUCAGAUAAGACGGACUGCACCUCUUUGGGAAAAUAUUGAUGUCCAAGAUUUUAUUCAUCGAAGACUAAAGGAAAAUGAUUUAGACCCAAGUGCACCUCCUUAUGACUCGCUGGCAACGUAUGCCUACGAAGGAAAUGAUUCUAUAGCAAAUUCACUCAGCUCUUUAGAAUCGCUUACCACGGAUGGUAACCAAGAUUACGAUUACCUCAGCGAGUGGGGACCUCGGUUUAAAAAACUAGCAGAUAUGUAUGGUGGAGAGGAAAGUGACCGAGAUUGAGAAAGUAAUCUGUGACCUGGUCAGUGUUAGUGGAAUUAAUGUUUAUGUUGCUAGAUAAAGUGGCCUACUCUCUUACUUUGGGGAAAAAAAAAUAUUACAAAAAAUAGAUGUUGUCUUAGUAAGAGUUUGCUUAAUCCAUAAGUCAACGUGAAUGAAUAUGAAUGAUUUAGAUUUUUAAAAAUCUAAAAUUCACCCUCUCUGCCUGAAAACCUCUGAAGAAAGGUUUUCAUUGACAAUAAAAAUACAAUAAAAGGCUUUUUGUGCCUUUAAUAAUGAGAUAGAAAGUUUGUUUGUUUUUUUAAAUUGCUUUGCAUUACCUUUCCUACUAGCUGGGACAUGGUACACCUGUAUUGUAACAUAAUCUCAAAAGUAUAUUUAAGAUUAGUAUUAUUGCCAUAUUUAUUGAGUUAAAGAAUG